CCCCCAACCGCGCGACCUUGCCGCCCAACCGGAAGCACGUGGCCCCCUCCGGCGCGGUUGCCGGGGAGACGCCGGCUGUUUACCAGCGGGACGCGGCCAGGCGACCGUGGCGGAUGGACCAGCGGCGAGGGGUCUUGAGAAGCAAUGGCCACGGAAGCCCCGGUGAACAUAACUCCCCCUGAACGCAACGCUGUUGGCCGCACAGCAGCUGACAGCUUCAUCUGGCAGCCAGACUCCAUAAACAUGCACCUCACCAGGCCCAAAUCCGCCAAGGGACGGACGCGGCCGAGUCGGCACAAACCGCAGGACGCGGCGCUGUGCUCUCACCGCGCGCCGGCUUCUCUGCCUCCGGCCAUUCGCUGUGAGUCGCCAAGCAGCCAGAAGCCAGGAGCCUGUGCACCCAGAUCUCCAAACCCGGGAGCUCCCGAUGAGAUCCCUGAGCUGCUGCAACAGGUGCCCCUGGGGGCUUCCUCUUCCCUCAAUAAAUACCCAGUCCUUCCUUCCAUCCACAGGAAGACGCUGGAGGAGGGGGCCGUGGAGACUGUCGCUCGAAAGGCCAGCUCCCUGCAGCUGAGCAACACCCAGGCUCUGUACCGAGAGGAGGAGACCGGCACUGUGAAGACAAGUGAAGAAGGUCCCAGAGCUCCAUCUUGUUCCCCAGAGAGGAAAGCCAUUGGCCGAGCCAGGAGACAGGCCUCCUCCAGGGCUGGAGACCUGAAGGAGCCAUCAGAAGGGGAGCCACGGCUGCUGCUUGCGGUCAGGUCGCCGUCGGGCCGAAGGUUCGUUCGCUAUUUCCGGCCAACUGAUGACUUAUCCAGCGUUGUGGCCGUGGCUGAGCAUGAGGACCAGGCUGCCUACCACCACUGCAGCAUUGAAACGAUGGAGGUGCCCCGGAGACGUUUCUCUGACCUCACCAAGUCUCUGCAGGAGUGCAGGAUCCCCCACAAGUCGGUGCUGGGCAUCUCACAGGAAGAAGGGGAGGAGUGGCCCUGAGCCCACAGCCACCCAGCUGGGGCCCUGGGGCUCUGAGUAACGGGCACGCUUGGGUGCUGUGACCUCCCAGGCAGCUCGGUUCCAAGUGCCACGUGAACCUGCUGCCGCUGUGAUCGUUGGGGCUCCCUCUCCACGGCAUCUCCUUUGGAAGCAGCGAAAUUUGUACAUGCACCCGGGGCACUGAGAAGGUUCUCCUCCAGGUCUUCAAUCCUUCCCACCCCUGGAGUGAACCGGCAGGUUGCCAGGGACGUUCCUGAAACUGCUGUGACCAGGCCUCCUCCUCCCCAGAGUUCUGGGUCCUUUCAGGAGCACCUGCCUGCCUUCCCAACGAACCCUCCCUCUCUUGAAGCCAGUGGUUUGCCUUUCUGUAUUUGAUGCAGGAUUAAACACUUCCCAGAGAGGCUUCUAGUCUGGUAAAUAACCAGGGCUCAGGAAAUGUCGAACUGGCAUUUGUAUUUCUUGCAAGCAUCUUUAAGAAACUGGCAGUUGAUGCUAUCUUAGAAGCAGCAACUGUGCUGGGAUCGGGUGGCUAGAGUUUCUUGGGGAUUACUGUUUGUGUGAUGUGGCUUCAGAGGAAAGACUUGCUGAUACAAAUCCCCCAACACAUCGGCAUUUCUGAAAUAGUCUUGGAGCUAGAAAGUAAAUUGUGUCCACAACCAUGGAUUAGCUCAGUAGCUACUUUUAAAUAGAGACUAAGUAGGUUUGCAAAUAUUGGUAACUACUCUAUGUAUGCAAAACUCUUCCCAAACAGAAAGGCCAGUGUAAUCUGAUUGCCCUUUCAGAUUUCCCUUUCUGAUUUCCCUUUUUGUCAUUCGUGGAAUCUUUUGUUUUUAAAUCAUAUAAAUCUACAAAUC